AUGCCUUGUCAGCUCCCAGCCAACAGUUUACGGGACAGCCUGAAAGGGUCCCCUCGGAGCCAUCUUGGGGGACAGCGGAAGCCCAGCAGAAAGCCCAUUCUGGAGUCGAGAGGCAGCAGAACUCAAAGUCCAAGAGGGCUUCUGGGAACACCUUUCAAGCUGCGGGUGGCCCGGAUCGGAGUUGGCCCCCUGGGGCCCAAGGGUGGCACUCCAGCCUUCCAGAGGCUGGCCAGAGCCGGCAGAAGUUCCAGGGGAGGAAGUACGCCACCCUCCGCCAGCAUCGCCCUGGGCACACACAAAGUCCCCUUCUGCUUCUCCUCACAGCCGCCCACAGAGUGCCCCAAGGCAAGCCCUGCCCUCUAGGGGAUGGAGAGGAAAACCCCGGGGUGCUGGGGGGCCCCCAAGAAGCUCGAGCUGUCCUUCUCCAUUGAGGAGAUCUUAAAGAGGCCCACCGAGAGGAGCCAUGAGGUCAGGCAGGAAGAGGCAGGUGGACAGGACACCGGGCCAGCAGCAGCUAUAAGCUCUGGACCAGAGAGGCCCCCACAGGCCCAGCCCCAGGAGGAAAGAAAAAGCAAGCGGAGGGUCCGAACCACCUUCACCAGUGAGCAGCUGCAAGAGCUAGAGAAGAUCUUCCACUUCACCCACUACCCAGACGUCCACAUCCGCAACAAGCUGGCAGCCAGGAUCAACCUCCCAGAAGCUCGGGUGCAGAUCUGGUUCCAGAACCAGCGUGCCAAGUGGCGGAAGCAGAAGACCGGCAGCCCGGGGGCUCUGCAGAAGCUAAGCGAGGCCCAUUUGGCCCUGGCCACGAACCCGGACAUGGCCGGCCCCAGGCUGCAGCCCUCUGCUUUGCCCCAGCUGGCUCUCCCCACCGGGUGCUAUCCAUCAGCUCCCAGCCAGCCGGCCUCUGCCUGGUGCCCCGGCCGGGUCACCCUCCUGCCAUACCACCUGUGGGAGACACAGCCUCUCGUAGGCCCUCUCAUCCAGCCGACCUGCAUCCCUGCUCUGUGCUGCCUCCCACCUGCAAACCCCAAAUGGGGCAGCCCCUGUGCCACCUCAACAUAG